GAGAUGAGGAGUCUGCUUGUUCAAAUUCUUUGCGUCAUUGAAGUCCUACUUUGUGCUGCUGACUCUCCACCUCUAAGCGAGGACACGCUGAGAAAGCUGUCUGCAGCAGGAGAGCAGUAUGUUGAUGAGGAGAUAAAGCGGGCGUUACUGGGGGUGAAGCGGGUGAAGGAAAUGAUGGAGAAAAAAGAGGAAAGGCACAGGCAUCUUAUGGACGCCCUGAGGCACAGCAGUGAUAAGAAGAAGGGGGCGACGCAGCUGGCCCGGGAAACAGAGAAGAAACUAGAGGAGGCCGAGCAGCAAUGUCAAGAUUUAACCAGAGCUUCCUUAGAGGAAUGUCGACCUUGUCUUGAGGAUACGUGCAAGGCCUUCUACACCUCCACAUGUCGACGUGGCUUUGCCUCUUUUUCAUUCAAGGUGGAGGAGUUUUUCCGGAAAAUGGCCUCCCAGCUGGAAGCUACGAUUUAUGAUCAGACCGAGGAGAAUGUGGGUCGCACCGGCUCACCUCGCCAGGCCACAGAAGAUGACGGAGAUCAGGAGCUUCUGCAAGCAGAUGCUUCAUUCAGCCAGUUGUUGUCAAACAUCAGCCUCCUGCACAACCACAGUGUCACUCUUGUAAAAAAGAUGCAACAUGUGUUUGGGCAUACCUUCCUGGCAGCCUUCAACACAGAGCUCCAACCGAGCCCGGUGUCAGCCAUGCAGGGCGGCUCAAGCGCUGGCCUCUUUGGGACAGUUAGUCUGGAUCACAUUGUUGAUUCAGUGUAUGACUUUGGGAGGAAUGUGCUGGAGGAAUUCCGCUCCACGGUGGCUGAUGCGUUGGAAGACGUACAAGAAGCUGAGGAGUACUUUCGGCAACCAAGCAGAGAUACGGGAUCACUUUCUGCCUUGCGACAGUCCCAGAACAGAUACAUGUGCAGGCGACUCCGCAGACAAGCAUCAGAGUGUUGGCAGCUCCAAAGUUUGUGCGAGACAUGUGAAGAGUAUCUGUUAGAAGAGUGUCCCAGUGUCCAGCAGUUACACUCUGAGGUGGAGGAGAUGUACAUGCUGCUCAAUGCCUCCCGUCAGCAGUAUGACGACAGGCUGCAGCUGAUUCACAGACACACAGAGGACACGCGGAGAUGGCUCAACAACAUGGAUGACAAGUACGGCUGGGUCAGCAAGCUGUCCAUCAGCACCGCGGGCCCACACAGCAUCUUCAGUGUGAUUACAAUGAAUUCACAGCAACAGAUGAAGAAUGUCAGACCUAAAGCUGACAGCAGCGUGGCUGUUACCUUAUUGGACUCUGCCCCAAUAACUGUCUCAGUCCCAGCAGAGCUGGAGGUGGAUGACCCUGCUUUUAUCCAAUAUGUAGCGCAGGAGGCUCUGGCUCUCCAUAAACAGCAGAUAAGAGGUACUGAUCCUUGCAGUGCUGCGAUUUAG